AUGCCGGAAACCGAAGUUGCAAAGGCGGCAGCUGGUGGUGAAGACAGGAUCAGUGAGUUGUCCGACGAUCUGCUCAUUCAUAUACUAUUGCUUGUUCCGACAAAAGAUGCAGUGACCACCACGUUUCUGUCUAGACGAUGGAGAUUUGUCUGGAGAAAGUUGCCUAGACUUGACUACAGAGAAACGAGAAACAACGGUCACGACACGAACAUAGCAAUAGCAAGAGUGUUUGGUGAAUGUCCCACUGAUGUUGAUGUUGUAAAGUGGGUUGCAAAAGCAGUUGAUCGUUACGUGCUGCGUAAGUUAGAGUUCGAGCUCCGCUGGAAUAACGAGCCGAUGAGAAUGCCUAGUAGCCUUUACACUUGCGAGACGCUUACGAAACUGAUUCUUGCCGACAAGGUUCUCGUGGAUGUUCCUUGUCCGGUUUAUCUCCCAUCACUUCACCAGCUUGAGCUUCUCGGGAUUGUGUACAAAGACGAAGAUUCGCAUGUCAGGCUUUUAUCAGGUUGCCCGGUUCUCAAGCGUCUGAGGGUUUAUCGACAGGAUGAUGUGGAUGAUAAUGUGAGAAAGUUCACUGUGAAAGUUCCAUCUUUACUGGAAUUAGAGUAUAUGAAUACGUUCUUUGGAGAAGACGAUGAUGAUGAUCGGGCAUCCGUUAGUGUUAAGUUAAAGCUUGUUGACAAGUUUCUGACAUGUCUUUCUUCGAUCAAGUAUCUUAAGCUACAUCAUCUAGCCUCUACAUUGGCUCCAUGGUGUAACGUCGUUUACUCUCUACUUAUAGAGUGUCGGAUAGAAGAUACAUUUGUCCCAUUCUGGAGUGGAUCACCACUUGGGGUUUUGCUCUCUAACUGUCCUAAACUUAAAGUUUUUGCGGUGGAUUCCAUAUAUGAGGAAGCUCAGUAUGAGAGUCAUGAUCCAGUUUUAUGGAAGCAACCGAGCUCUGUUCCCAAAUGA